GGGACCUCAUGGCUCUGCCCAGCAGUGACUGUGUUGUGGCAGAGCAGCUGUGCCUCUCCGACUCCACCUGCAAUGCCACAUACAGGACCCUGGAAAACUGUGUCCUGGCCAAGACUCGCCUCCUUUCACUGGAUCACGAUAGCAGGGUCAGAUGUCUGAAUGCAGAGCUGGACCUUGGGAACAGCUCUUUGCUGCACUGCAGGUGUCACCGGCGCAUGAAGAGACAGGAGCACUGCUUACGCGUUUUCUGGACCGUUCACUCCAGCAUGACAGAUGGUUAUUUCAGUUUGGAGACCUCUCCCUAUGAGAAUCCAGCAAAUGAAGAGCACUGGAAGACAGAUUAUAAUAAACUGGCAGCUUUGGUAUCAGGCUCACAGUUAGCAGGAGAUGCAACAAAUCCAUGUCUGAGAGCAACACACAUCUGUAAUCUGAGCAAGAAGUGUUUUCGUCUGCGCACAGACUAUGCCUCCAUCUGCACCAAGAGAGCAGGAAGUGAGGAUGUGUGUGACCGGCGCAAGUGCCACAGAGGGCUAAGGAAUUUCUUUGAGAAAGUUCCUGAGGAUUUCACCAAAAGGAUCCUGUUCUGUCCAUGUCAAGAUGAAUUUUGUGGAGAAAGGCGCCGUAAAACUAUUGUUCCUGAUUGUUCCUUCCAGUAUAACACCAAACCAAAUUGCCUCUGGCUUCUGGACUUCUGCUUAGAAGACCGUAUCUGCAAAUCCCGACUGGCUGACUUCCAACAAAACUGUCAACCUGUAGACAUGUCUCCAGAUGGCUGCUCUCUGCACAACCAUGCUGCAUGCCUGCAAGCUUACAUGGGGAUGAUUGGCACACCCAUGACACCCAACUAUGUCAGUAACUCCAGUGUGGAGGUCUCCUUGUGGUGUACCUGUGAGAACAGCGGCAACCAGAAGGAGAAGUGUGACCAGAUACUCGGCAUGUUUGAGAGCAACAAAUGCCUUGAAAAUACCAUUUGGUCUCAAAUGCACCUGAAGCAGAGAGCUCUAGAAAGACAGGAAGACUUCCUUUAUUCAUCUUCCCUAAGCUUCCAAGGAGACAGUGCCAGCACAUCUCUCUCUUCAGCAAUGUCCCAGGUGGCUGAAGGGAAGACACAGCGAGACAGCUCCAAACAGAGCAGUAUGCCUAUGGCCUCCUCUGUAUAUUCUGGAGCUGCUACUUCCUGGCCUUCUCUGGCUCUGUUCCUGCCCCUGUUGCUGAGCCCACAUUAAUGUGGCAUAAAUUGAAUCUUUCUUUCCCAUAUUAUUAAUAUUAUUCCAUAUCCAGGCAUGUCCCAAUACAGAUUUACCUUUGGGAAACAGAAGGCUUUCAGACAAGAGGAACUGCCUUAACCCAGAACAGCAAUCGCCGGAAGCCUC